CCUGGAAAACCCAUUCCACUUCAGUUCCUUUUCCACUUCGGCACCAAACACUCGAUUUUGUGUCUGCUCCAGGGCCAAUAACUAUUCACCCCAAACAAAAAGAGUUAAAAGGCACACGUUUCCGAAAACCUAAACCAAGUCAAGAUGUGUGGUGGCUGGGCCUGUGCCUCCUACAACCUUGCCUGCUGCAAUCCCCGCCUGUCGACACUGCGAUUCUCCGGCCGCUGUUUCCAACCCACGGCCUGCGGUCCAUGUGAUGACUGCUCCAUUUACGGCGGUUGCUGCGGUGGCUGCUGCGGGUGCUAGGUGAGCUCUG